CCUGCGCGCCUCUAUCGAGCGACGGUCAGUCCGCGCCCGGCAUCGCUGAGGCAAUGACCAAGUUGAUGUUAGCGCCAUGACCCCCCGCGCGUCCGUGCUCCUGCCGCUGCUGCUGCUGGCAGCCGCGCAAGAAGAACCCCUCGGUGACUAUGAGGAAACGAUUAACUUUCCUGCGAAUGGCACUGAUAACUACACGUUUUUCUAUGUCACGUCGCCGCUGCCGCCAAUCAACGCGACGCACCGAAAAGGAGACCCUCUAUUUCCGGAAGAGAUCUUUACCGAAUAUCAACUUAAGCAUGGUGCUAUAGUUCUGCAUAUGUUAGGCGUUGCUUACAUGUUCAUUGCUCUGGCUAUAGUCUGUGAUGAAUUCUUCGUCCCCGCCUUGGAUGUUAUUAUAGAGAAGUUAGAUAUUCAAGACGAUGUAGCAGGUGCGACCUUCAUGGCAGCCGGGGGAUCAGCGCCGGAAUUGUUUACCAGUGUCAUUGGCGUCUUCGUGUCUUUCGACGACGUCGGUAUUGGUACUAUCGUCGGAUCGGCGGUCUUUAAUAUCCUCUUUGUAAUCGGGAUGUGCGCAAUCUUUUCCAGAACUGUUCUAACGCUCACCUGGUGGCCCCUUUUCAGAGACUGCUUCUUCUAUUCCAUCAGCCUGAUCGCGCUUAUAAUCUUCUUCAGAGAUAACUUGAUCCAGUGGUAUGAAGCGCUAGUUCUAUUUAGCUUCUAUAUCGCGUAUGUUAGUUUUAUGAAAUGGAAUCAACCCAUGGAACGCUUCGUCAAAAAACUGGUCUACAAAAACAAAGUAACGCGGGUGCGAUCAACCGAUCAGCUGAUGCCAACUUCCGCAUCGGUCAGUGUGAUAGUAGACAAUGAGAAGCAUGGCACAGUGGCAACUUCGAGCGAAACAAGCGUUGGUACUCAACCUGGUGGAAGUAUGACGUCACGAGCAGCUUCUGAAACGCCGCAAGUACCGUCUAGUACUUCCAGCCACCAAACAGGAGCCAAAUUUCGGCACGGCCUCCUCCAGCUCAUGAUCCACACUAUAGAUCCCCUUCACGAUGGUCAGUAUGCAGGAAAAGUAGACGAAAAGGCCACACAACUUCAUGCCAUAGCUUCCUUGAAAGUGCUACUGGACGCUACAAGACCUCAAAAUGGCGCUGCCACGUCUUCAGCAGCCAGUUACGUAGCCACAGCUACCUUAGAUAAACAAGAAACAGCGCUGGCUCCAUCCAGCCUGUCAUCGAAUAUGCCCAACGGAGUACCGAACGCCUUAGGGGAUAUCACUAUGGAUGCGAGACGAAUGUCAGCAGUACGCACACGUACCUCUCGUAAAUCUUUAAGUUCUCAAGCAGUAGUGUGUCUUCAGAUAGGAGAUGGUAGUGCAGGUGACAACGAGGAAACACCAUCUGGGGCUAUGAACAUGAGCUGGCCAGAUGAUCCCCGGAAACGACUAACUUACGUCCUGCUUGCUCCAAUUGUCUUCCCGCUUUGGUUGACUUUACCGGAUACCAGGGCCCCUAGAGGUAAAAGGUUCUUCCCAGUCACGUUUCUGGGCAGCAUCGUAUGGAUAGCGGCCUACUCGUACCUGAUGGUCUGGUGGGCAAACCGAACGGGACAAACGUUUGGUAUCGCUCCUGAAGUUAUGGGGCUGACUUUCCUAGCCGCGGGCACUUCCAUACCUGACCUAAUCACUAGUGUAAUCGUGGCAAGGAAGGGCUUUGGUGAUAUGGCCGUCUCCUCUUCGGUCGGCAGCAAUAUUUUCGACGUUACCGUCGG